GAAAUCAUUUCAGUGUUUGUGUUUGCUUUGGAGCUUUUUUAUUUAUACUUGCCUUAUUUCAUACAAAUUAGAUUAUCAAUUGUUUUAACAGCUGUUUUAAUUUAUCAAAAUCAAAUUGUACAGUCGCCAUACAACGUAAUCAAUCGAUUACCUAACCAAUACGAUGUUGAUAUUCGGUAACGCAACUUCGAUUCAAAAUGAUCGCAAUCAAUCGCACUUAUUUUUUAAAUUCCAUAAAAAUUAGUUCCAACUCCAGAAAUUCGAAAUUGAACUCGCAAGGAAAUCGAUAAAGUCGUCUCAGCAAAAUGACUCGCUCGAUAGCAUGUGUGCAAAUACGAAACUUCCACCUGGGAUACCGGGAGAGUCCGAAUUCGUCGGCCAAUUUCAAGUCUCGUAAGUCGUCGUACGCCCCAGAUAACAAGAUUUCAAGCAAUCGGAUAUCCAGUCACCUAGAAAGUAGUGUCUUGGGAAGCGCAGUAAAGCAUCUCCACAGUCAAUACUACGGUCACCUCCAGAUCGAGCAUUUCAAGAAUAAAUCCACUCAGACCGACUACCGCGAAAGCGAAUGUCAGACCCUACCAUGGGAACCGCAGUACCGAGUCCCAGAAGGACAGGAUCCGGAGGUGCUUACGCUGGCCCAUUUCACUUGGGGCAACGGAUUGCCAGCUGGAGUUCACGAGAUCGACAUCAUCAACCGUAUGAGAAAGAAGAGAGCCUGGGAGGAGGUGCUACCUCCGAUGGACACUUCAGCCAAUAUUAAAGCACGAUCUGCUCUCAUAACUGCACUAGAGGCCGAUGAGUGGGCUUUUCGAGAAGCUGAAAUACAAUUUAUAAUGGAUCUGAGAAUGAACUUGGAGGAACAACUUAUGCAGUCCAAAGAGGACGAGAAGAAGAAGAGAGCUGAGAGAAGGUUCAAACAGUUGGACGAGAGACUCGGCAAACGCAAACAGAGAGAAUUAGAGUGUAUCAGAAAUAAAUUUUCACGGGAAUUGCGCAAACUUGCGAACAAGCACAAGACCGUCAGAUCUAAGCACGAGAAGCGCAAUAUCGUUAAAUUUCAUGCUACUCGAGAACUGGAGUUCAAUAAUCUCAAACCGCGGUGUGAGUGCUCUCAGAUUCUACAAAAUAAUUUCGGCGAUGAGGAAAUCGCUUUAAAUGAUUCCGCGAACGUCGAGGCACUGCCUAAUUGGCUGUUGUCGACGAGGAAACCCCGCUACAGCGCAGCCAAGUCCCAGAUGCGAAUCUGCUCGCGAAGGCACAAGAGAAACGAGAUGAAAUUACUCGAACUGUGCCAGAACGUCGAAUCCAUCAAAGCCAAUAUCGAGCUGACGGAGAACUGUAGUCUAUUCAAGCGUAAGGAGAAAAUCCCGUCGCUCCCGCCUACGCCUCGUAGAUCACCGGAUAGCGACGGCUUGCUCAAGGAUGAUGUAGAGCAGUCGUGCAAUUUGCUACAGCGAAUCGUCGAGGGCAGAGCAGCGCAGUGCGAGAUUUUGGAAGGAAGGAAUCGCUACCGAGAAUUAAUCGAAGAAUUGCAAGUGGCGCGAGCGCUCGAAGAGCACUCGAACGAUUUGAAUGAAACAUCGCGCAUUAAACUUUUGGAGCAAGACGAGGAGCGGAAAAUCCUACAAGAGCAGAGAGUAACCGAGAUAAUGGAAGCUCUAGAGGGAAAAACUAUUUCGGUUGUGCUGUCUUUCUUGACAGACGAAUUGACGAGGCUACAAAGCGAGAAAAAAGCUCACGCGCUGUUGUUACUGGCCGAACGAGAGCGAGUCAAGAGGGAAAUUGCUGAAGCCAGUAGAGAACAGCUUGAGCUGAAUCAACGUCAGGAGCUGGAUGAAAUUUUCCGUCACAUUCUAAAAGUCAAUCAGGAAUCUGUGGAGACGUAUUUAGAAGACAUCGUCAGAGAAGGUAUCGAGUGGCUCUCGGAAUCGGAAGCCAAGAAAUACGUAGUCGAUCUGGCCGACAAAACAGAUGCCAUGACGAAACGUUUGGCGGCCAACUCCGACAAGAUAGAGGCCGAGGGUCUGGUGGCGGAUAUGGUCUGUAACUUGGUUUUGCCCGAAGUAGACAGGGAACUAUCGAGAAAGAGAUUGCACGAGAGGCAGACGAGUCACUUGUACGCCGCGCACGAGUCCAUCUAUCACGAGAUUUUGAACAUACCGGACGAGGAUCUGUUAUCCGAGCAAACUCUUCAAUCGGAUCGCUCGAACUCUAUUGAGGAAAAGCUCACGUCUUACGAAUCAGCGGAGGACGGGGAAAACAGCGAGAUCAAAAUAGCUUGCGAAAUUAACUGCGAGUCUCGCAAUGUUGAAAGGCCUUAUGGAUCUAUUAUCGAGCUUAUUUUGAACUAUGCUACAGUAACUAAUGAGGAAUUCAAGUCAGACAUUUGCAUGAUCUUGGAACAAAUAUUCUCGAGUACUGGGAAGAAUUACUACUAAUGUGUAACUGAGUAGCAAGUUUAUUGUGAUGUAAAUAAUAUUAUUUUUACUUAAAUACACAAUGAUGUUUUACACAGGAAUCUUUUCGCAAUGAUUAACCGGAAAUUGAACUCGUUUCUAAGAUUACAAUGAGUCUAUCAAUUGUAGCUGUCAAGUUUUUUGAAUUAUCAUUAAAAAUGCCGUAGAUGAUUCAUGGUUGUUGAUACAUUAAAUGACGAUGUCUUGUUUUAAAAGAACAACUUAUGGUGUGAAU